CAAGCUCAACGAGGAGUUCGAUUUUACGUUGCUCUGCAUUUUGUCGAUGUUAAAGUGGCAUGGAUUGACAUUAAUUUUUGAAGAUUUUAUUUAAAUAAAUUGAAUUUUAGAAUAUUUGAUAGCAGUUGUAUUUUAAAGUUUGAAAAGAGCGUGAAAUCAAGAGAAAAUGAAACAAAUCCUAUGCGGAAAAUUUGGAUAUAAUAUUAUGCUGGUAUCAAAAACAUCUCGUUAUCCGUUUUCCAUAGUGGGUACAAGAAAUUUGACAUCUGGAAAAUUUCGUUAUGUUAAGCCACUAUUAGCUUCUCCACAAACACGCAUCUUAGUCAAUUCUCAAAGAAAAUAUGUUAUGUUUGCUGGUAGAAUUUUAAGAGGAGUACUAAAAAUAAGAUACCUGUUACUUGGUGGAGCAGUUACAGGAGGUGUUACUUUACAAAAAAAAUAUGAACAGUGGAAAGAAGGACUACCAGAUUUGUCUUGGAUCGAUAAGCUUAUGCCAACUGAUGAUCAGUGGAGAGAUUUUAGAGGAGCCUUGAUGACUAUGAAAACUACACUGGCUGAUAAAAUUGAAAUAGAUCCACAUUUCAAAGAACUUGGUGAAGCAAAGUAUAAAGAGUACACAAUUUGGUUUAAUCAAAGACUAGAUGAUGCCAUAAAAGCUGCUGAAACUAACAAAGACAACAAUAAUCAAAAUAAUAAUAAACCAUCAAACCGUGAAAUGGAAAUGAUCACAGCCUUUGCAAACCAAAUUUAUUCAGAUGUCAAAGACGGAAUUGUAACGAGUGCCACGGCAUUUGCUCUUGAAGAAGACCGUAAAAAAACUCAAUCAUCACAGCAAAGGUUAGAUGCGAUGCACGAUGAAGUAAUGCAGAUUCAAUUGAAAUAUCAGCGAGAACUAGAGAGACUUGAGCGUGAAAAUAAAGAAUUGAGAAAGCAAAUGCUGCUUCGAGGAAACUUGAAACAACCCAAUAGAAAAAUAAAAAAAUCUCUUAUAGAUAUGUACAGUGACGUUCUAGAUGAGCUUAAUGACUAUGACAGUGCAUAUUCAACUGCCGAUCAUUUACCUCGAGUCGUAGUCGUUGGAGAUCAAAGUUCAGGAAAAACAUCGGUGUUGGAAAUGAUUGCUCAAGCUCGAAUAUUUCCGAGGGGUGGUGGAGAGAUGAUGACAAGAGCUCCAGUAAAAGUAACUUUAAGCGAAGGUCCUUAUCACAUUGCCAAGUUUAAAGACAGCACGAGAGAAUUCGAUUUGACCAAGGAAUCUGAAUUAGCUGAGCUUCGACGUGAAGUCGAAUUACGAAUGAAAAAUAGUGUAAAAAAUGGAAAAACUGUCAGUCAAGACGUUAUAUCGAUGACGGUGAAGGGUCCCGGCUUACCCCGUAUGGUUUUAGUCGAUUUGCCAGGAAUAAUCAGCACUGUAACUGUUGAUAUGGCAGAAGACACUCGUGAUGCUAUCCGUCAAAUGACUCAACAGUACAUGAGCAAUCCUAAUGCCAUUAUUCUUUGUAUUCAAGACGGUUCCGUCGAUGCCGAAAGGAGUAAUGUUACGGAUUUAGUUGCUCAGAUGGAUCCUAGCGGCAAGCGUACUAUUUUUGUUUUGACUAAAGUUGACAUGGCUGAGGAAAAUUUAGCAAAUCCUGAGAGACUGAAGAAGAUUUUAUCUGGUAAACUGUUUCCAAUGAAAGCGCUAGGCUACUUCGCCGUUGUUACCGGCCGUGGUAGGCAAGAUGAUAGUAUCCAGACAAUAAAAGAUUACGAAGAAAAAUUCUUCAGAAAUUCAAAAUUAUUCAAAGAUGGAUUAGCGAUGUCUGGACAAGUAACUACUAGAAAUUUGAGCUUAGCUGUAGCUGACUGCUUUUGGAAAAUGGUUCGAGAAACUGUUGAACAACAAGCGGAUGCCUUUAAAGCUACAAGAUUUAAUUUAGAAACAGAAUGGAAAAAUAAUUUUCCAAGAUUACGUGAAUUAGAUAGAGAUGAACUUUUUGAAAAAGCUAGAGGAGAAAUUUUAGAUGAAAUCGUUAAUCUUUCACAAGUUUCACCAAAACACUGGGAAGAGGUUUUAGCAAAUCGCUUAUGGGAUAAAGUUAGUAUGCAUGUAUUUGAAAAUGUUUACUUACCUGCUGCUCAAACUGGAAAUGCAGGAAACUUCAAUACAACUGUUGAUAUUAAACUAAAACAAUGGACCGAGCAACAGUUACCGACAAAGAGUGUCGAGACCGGCUGGGAAUGUCUGCAACAAGAGUUCCUAAACUUCAUGCUGCAAGCUCGACUCAGUCCCGACCACGACGAUAUUUUCGAUAAUUUGAAAAAUUCAGUAGUUCAAGCAGCCAUCAAAAGGCAUACUUGGGAAGAUAAGGCAUCAGAUAUGUUACGGGUAAUUCAGUUGAAUACUCUUGAAGACAGGAGCGUCAAUGAUAAGCGCGACUGGGAUCAAGCGGUACAUUUUCUCGAAUCGUCGGUCAAAGAGAAACUCCAAGGUACCGAGCAAGUACUACGCGACAUGCUUGGACCAGGACGCAGCGAAAGAUGGUUGUAUUGGAAAUAUCAGACUGAAGAGCAGCAGAAGCGCAAUAACGUUAAGAAUGAGUUGGACAAAAUUCUGUACUCUGAUAAGAAACAUUCUCCAACUUUGACGCAAGAUGAAUUGACAACUGUGAGGAAAAAUUUGCAGCGAAACGGACUCGAAGUAGAUAACGAAUUUGUCCGUGAGACCUGGCAUCCAGUCUACCGAAGAUUUUUCCUGCAACAAAGUUUGUCGAGAGCAUACGAUUGCAGGAAAGGAUAUUAUCUUUAUCAUACUGGUCACGAUGCAGAAAUGGAGUGUAACGAUGUUGUGCUAUUUUGGAGAAUUCAGCAAAUGCUGAAAGUAACGGCAAACGCCCUACGCCAACAAAUUAUGAAUAGAGAAGCACGUAGGCUUGAUAAAGAAAUUAAAGAAGUAUUGGAAGAUUAUAGCCAAGACAAUGAUGUUAAGAAACUACUACUUACUGGUAGAAGAGUUACACUGGCAGAAGAAUUGAAACGCGUGAGACAGAUACAAGAGAAGCUUGAAGAAUUCAUCCAAGCAUUGAACAAGGAAAAGUGAACAACAGGAUGAUAGUGCGAUUUUUAAAUAAGAAACAAAUUCAUAUUGACAAGUCAAUGUUGUCGAUGAAAAAAAAAAGAAAAGAAAGGGACUCGAGAGUAAACCGAAUUACUCGCGUCGAGUGCUGUGAAAUAUAAGUGCCACUUGUUGAACAAGUGUAAAAAAGCAACGUAGUUUAUUAUAAUUAUAAUUUUUUUCUUUCGAACAUCAAACAAAAAAGUUACAAAAUCGAAAGCGAUACGCGUGCGGCAGAAAAAUUUAUCAACAUUUUGAAAAAUGUAUUGCAUUGUUACGAUUGUACAUUAUAUAUAAUACUUGUAAUUAAAUUUCUUCAUUGAUUUCAUAUUAUUGAAAAGAAGCAGUUUGCAAAUGAUUGAAUGUACAUCCCAAGAUUUGUUGAUUUUUGAUGAUUGAUUGAGUGAUUUGUAUUUAAGUUAAAACAUAAAAUCCACUAUCAUCGGUUUUGGCAGUAUGUUAUUGCAAGAAAAGGCGCAUUAUUGUGUUGAUGUAAAUAAUCUAAUAAAGAUAUA